AUGGGGUCCGAGACGCCGCAAAGUCCGUCACAUACCUAUGUUGAACGCGCAGAUAACAAAGCAGACGAUCAAUCCUGCCCAGAAGAUCCGCCACGAAAACAAGAUGAUGCAGGGCCAGCUAUUGACGCCCAUAUGCACCGUUUGGAAGAUGAUCUAUGCCAGUACAGGAUGCCUGCCCGUCGGAACGAGGUGGAAUGUUGCCAGGAACUGCAAAUGCGUGAUGAGAAUAUCAAGCGCUUGAAUGAUACUGUCGCUAAGCUAAGGGAGGAAAAUCAAGAGCUCAGAUCCUUGGUCGUUGGCGCGCAGGAAAGUGCCCUCGAAUCCAUGCUAAGAAAGACUGGCUGGUCUCCAAAGGAGGAUUCCCUGAUACAGGAAGAUCUCUCUAAGCUGGAGACGGCGCUGCGGAAGUGGGCGAGAGACCAUAGUGUCUCAGCCCUGGCAGAUCUAGACCAUUUUUCACGAAGCGACAAAAACCUGAUCCUAGGGCAACUGGACGGAUACUGUAUUUGGAGUGAGUGGCAGACACUGAUUGAGAAAUUACCCAUCCCACGAAACAAAAUUCCGGCAGUUCUCCUCCAGUCAUUAUUGGCAAGGGAUAUCUUUGAAUGGGCCUUUGCUGAUCCAUUCUUUGCUUUUGCGGAAAUUGAGGGAGCACCUGCUCUGCCAAAGCCAAAUGAAUGGGGCAAUCUUUACAGGACAUUAGUCGAGGGUGAGGCAUUGAUAUCCAUCGAAACAUAUAUUCUAUUAGAUGCUAACCAGAACGCCUACUACCAAGUCCACGAUGCUGAAGCGCAUAUUUGGCGCUCGCAAACACUUCGAAUUCUGUCUACAGUUGCGAAUCCAGGCACAGAGUUUCGAAUUGCAAAGCGUAUUCGCCAGCUGGCGGAUCGAAAGGCAGCCAGUUUUCUCAUCAGUCCAGCAACGCAGCUGCUCCAGCGUGUUUCAUCUCCCGGGAGACAAAGUCAGCGCAGUCAAGAGCUACUUGUGUUGUAUCGUACGGCAGCAGAGCUGGCCCUGUCGCUGUGGACACAGCGGACAUUCAUGAAACCCUACAGCCUGCGAGGUUUACCAAUGUUCCAUAUAUCCGAACCUAUGAUGGUGGCGCAUCGUCUGCAUCGCCUUGAAGAAGACGAUAUACGAUUGGAUGGGAAUGAUGUACUUUUGUGCGUUCAGCCAGCAAUCUUGGCUUUUGGCAACGAGGACGCUGAAAACUACGACUGCUACAAGGUUUGGACCCCGGCUACAGUUGUAGUUGAUGAGAGAUCCUAG